AUGCAAGCUGCUGCUUCCUCGCGCUCCGGCCCUUCCAUCGACGGCCCCGCCGAGAUCGUUAGAGCGACAAAAGCCACCACGGCCCAAGCUUCACCCAUCACGCACUACCGUUCUCGCUCUCGAUCCUCCAACUCGGCUUUUUCCACUGAAGGCUCUCCACUGCUCGCUGCUGCUGCUAUUGCUAGCGGCUCGGCUCGCGUCAUGCCUUCACCUAUCCCGCCACCGUGCGCUGCUCUGCCGCCCACCCCUGGUGUGGCAGCAGGUGCCGGCUCUCCCGUCCUUGGCGGGAGCGCAAUCCUGUAUCGCGGCAACCGCAGCAACCGGAACAGCGUUCUGAGCAGGAGCAGCCUCCGUAACAAGAACUUCAGGCAUCUCAACGUGGGGCUUACCCACGAAGAGAACGCCGAGCUGGUGCAAAAAAUCCUUGCUGAUCUCAGGCCCGCCUCUCACGUUUCUACCACCACCGUCACCACCGGCCACUCCAGCUCACGCUCCCUUUCACCCGCAACCAAAACCGCCUCCGCAGCACACGAGCGUCUCGCCGCUGCUAACAAAAUGUGCACCCGAUCUGACGAUGACAAGCGUCUCAGCGCAUCGUCGCAGAGCACCGAUGCAUCCCAACUCGAUAGCGGCGUCGUCUCCUCCUCCAACAAGCUUUCUGCAUCCACCACUCCGCAGUUGAGCCAGAGUCGUACGCCCACCCCCACGACCCCCGUGGAGACUGAAACGGCGGCGGUCAAGACGGACCAGCCCGAUGCGGAGGCGGACAAGGCACUGAUGACUCCGACGGCUGCGCUCGAGAGCCUGCGUGUGCUGGAGAACGCUUUCCAGCGAUCUUCGAUCCAUUUGCCCAAUGAAGACGGAUCCACUACGCAGGACUCGAAGCUGUCGUCGCCCACUACCGCCGUGGCCGUCUCGCCCACCAGGUCGACAAUGAGCGACAACGAGGUCGCGACGCCGCGAUCCAAGCGCAGCAGCUCGUACCGCAAAUCCGUGCCAGCUCUCAGCCAACUCCACGAGGGCGUCGAUGCCCUCGGCAUUUCCACCGGAAGUCAAAAGGAUGCCCCGCACUCGCCCACCUCGGACCACUCGAGCAGCGUCACGGCCGAAACUCCGAGCUGGAUCUCGUCGCUUUCAGCGCUCGAGGCGAUCCGCGUGCUCGCGUUCCAGCAGGAUGUCGCCCAAGCUCUCGCUCACCCGGAGGGCAACGCGGCCAAGAGCACUGCCGCUGCUGCUGCGGAAGCGGCCGUGUCGGCGGACGAAGUCAGUGCGCUUCGCUAUGCGUUGAAGUUCGCCAUCGCCAGGGCGGACCGCUUGGCCGAGGCGCUCCACCGGGUGAACGAGGACAAGGCCAAGGUCGAGUGUGAGUUGGAGGUCUUGAGGCGCAAUGUGCUUUCGAUGCUGGGGUCGAAGGAUAUGUUCGGUAGCGGUGCAGCUGAGGCGCCGGUGCGUCGAGCAGGCAGACGUCGUGCGGUGGAGGAUGAAUUGGUGGUCGAGGAGGAGGAUGCGAUGGAGCAGUUUGAGGAUGCUCAAUCUGCACAGAGUCAUGUUGCGCCUGCUGAGGAGCAAGCGACGCGUCGCAAGCCGCAGCAGCAGCAGCAGCAGCAGCAGAGUGACGCCCAGCCUCGCAGCAAUGCUUCUGCAAAGACACGUCCCACACGAGCGGCUCAUGCGGCUCCCGCAACCCAAACCGCCCCUGCCAAGCCAGCCGCCCCGGCCGCCUCGGCACCAAGCAAAGGAGUGAGCAUCGCCUCGCUCCGUGCCAAGAACGCCUCGACUUCGGCUGCAACUGCGGCAUCUCAGCGUUACGCCCCCUCGCGCAAAGAUCGCGACGCCGCCACCAUUUCCUCCUCGUCAUCCGACGAAGACGAAGAGGACGAAGAGGCGGAAGAAGACUUCGACCUGUUUCCCUUCAACAAGCCCACGCGACGCAUCGCGCCUGAAGUGUCCAUGACCGACUUCCUCAAUGCCAGCCGCAUGAGCAAGAUCGAGAUCGAACAGCACGAUGCGCGCCGCGAACUCGAACGCUCCUUGGCCGACGACGCAGACGGCUCCUCGACCAACUCGCGCGCUCCGCUCACCGGCGGCGGUGCGGCUGGAUUUGUCAACCGGAGGGGCCUCUUCAAGAGUCUGACAAAGAUGGUCGAUCAGCGCGUAGGCGGCCGGCGCAGCAGUGCGUUUUUGGCCCCGCCCGUGCCGGACAAAACGAGGCUGAACAGGUCCCCGAGCGCGUCGUUGGUGCAACAGCAGCAGCAGCUGGCGGAACCGCUCUCGUUUGACGGCGAUAGCAUCAUCCCGCAGUACCCCGGUUCUGUGGGCAGGAAGCCGACGGCCGUACCGAAACGCGUGCAGAGCCACUCGAGCUCCUCGCUGAACACAUCGCUCCGCGAGAGCCUCGAGAAACACAGCCUGCGAGACGCCGGCAUCCGCACCUGA